AUGGUUCGCCCACCUCGCACCCACACCUCGCUCCCGACGACUGGCAUGUCUGUGGCAGAUUCCGACUCAGACCCUGCGGGCCUCGAAGACGCCCAGAACCAGCACCUGCCAGGCGAUUCUAGCGAUGACCGAGACGUCAAGGGCACUGCCAAAAGUCUACCUCACGAAUGGGAAGAUGAGGGCGAGGACCCAUUUGAAUAUGACGACUAUAAGUAUGCCGAUGUCGAGCCGUUUGAGUAUGACAACUCGGAUGACGAGGACGAGGAAGAGGACGAUACCGUCUCGCGAAUUAGCGCCACACCCGAGCCUACACUGAGACCCAAUGCCAACCGCACCGUCACCACUACGUGCCAAACAAGAUGA